UCGCGUUUACUCUUUACUUGAUCAGCUCUCUUAACCGCCCUACCUUUUUCUUGGUCCUUCCCGACGCCGUCGCGGCCAUUCGAUAAAGUUGAGAAAUUUUUGUUUUAAAUUCUUUUGCGACUCGAUCGAUCUCCGAUGGCCGGCGACGGCGGCGGCGGAGGGAGGACGAGGCCGAAUAUCCUGGUGACAGGGACGCCGGGGACGGGGAAGUCAACAACGUCCUCCCUCCUCGCUGAGGCCACCCGCCUCCGCCAUAUCAACGUCGGGGAUCUCGUCCGGGCGAAGGGCCUCCACGACGGCUGGGACGACGAGUUCGAUUGCCACAUCAUCAAUGAAGACCUGGUGUGUGAUGAGCUUGAAGACAUGAUGGAAGAGGGUGGGAAUAUUGUAGAUUAUCAUGGUUGUGAUUUCUUUCCUGAACGCUGGUUUGACAGCGUGGUCGUCCUUCAAACCGACAAUUCUAUUUUGCAUGAUCGCUUGACUAGCAGAGGUUACAUGGGUCCAAAACUUACUAAUAAUAUUGAGUGCGAGAUCUUUCAAGUGCUGCUGGAGGAGGCAAAAGCAAGCUAUGCGGAGGAUAUUGUGGUGGCAUUGCAGAGCAACAGUGUUGAAGACAUCAGUAGGAAUGUGGCCACAUUAACAGAGUGGGUCAAUAAUUGGAGGCCAGUCAGAUCCUCUUAAUAUCAAUAUUUCAUUCUGGAGGGUUCUGGUUGGUGGUAUGAAACAUACGAUUGUCUGCAGUGAGGAAGUCUGGCAAAUAAAAAGUUUGAUGUUUUAGUGUGAAUCUGUUAUAUUUUAUCCAUCCGGUUAGAUGGUGGGGUCUGUGAACAAUUUCUGAUAAUCUUUGAGUUUUUAUGAGUAAUCAAUGGUCAAGUUCCCGUUUUAAA